UAACGUACUCUCCCUCGUCAUCAUCUACAUUACCUUUACUCCUGCUGUAUUAUAUAUACCCCUCCACCCAUUGUCCCAUUUCAUAUCUAGGCAAAUUUGCAUAACCAAAACAAGUGUUUUAACUCCUUACAAGCAGAAUCAAUUUAUACCCAUUUAUUCAAUUUAAUUGAAAUGGAAGAUACCACCAUUCGACCUCUUCUCACCCCCUACAAACUUGGCAAAUUCAAUCUUUCUCAUAGAAUUGUAUUGGCUCCAUUGGCUAGACAAAGAUCUUACAAUAAUGUUCCUCAACCACAUGCCAUUCUCUACUAUUCCCAGAGGACUUCCAAAGGAGGUCUUUUGCUGGCUGAGGCUACUGGAGUUUCUGAUACAGCUCAAGGGUAUCAAGAUACACCUGGUAUAUGGACGAAAGAGCAAGUUGAGGCCUGGAAACCCAUUGUUGAUGCUGUUCAUGCGAAAGGUGGAAUUUUCUUUUGUCAGAUUUUGCAUGUUGGAAGGGUUUCAAAUACAGGUUUUCAGCCAAAUGGACAAGCUCCAAUCUCCUGUACUGAUAAGGCGUUGACACCACAACUGCAAGCUAGUGGAGUAGAUGUUGUGGAAUUCUCACCUCCGAGGCGAUUACGGACUGAUGAAAUUCCCCAGAUUGUCAAUGAUUUCAGAAUUGCAGCAAGGAAUGCUAUGGAAGCUGGUUUUGAUGGAGUUGAGAUUCAUGGAGCUCAUGGCUACCUAAUAGAACAGUUUUUGAAAGAUCAAGUGAAUGAUCGGACAGAUCAAUAUGGGGGAUCAUUAGAAAACCGAUGCCGGUUUGCCUUAGAGAUAGUUGAAGCUGUUGCCAACGAAAUAGGAGCAGAUAAAGUCGGAAUAAGGCUAUCUCCCUAUACAGAAUUCAUGGAGUCAGUGGACUCUGAUCCACAAGCAUUAGGCCUCUACAUGGUUGAGGCCUUGAACAAAUACGGAAUUCUCUACUGCCAUAUGGUGGAGCCAAGAAUUAAAAUAGGGAUGGAAGUGUGUGAAAGUCCUCAAAGUCUUGUGCCAAUGAGAAAGGCAUUUAAUGGCACUUUCAUCGCUGCUGGGGGCUAUAGUAGAGAUGAUGGAAACGAUGCUGUGGCUGAGAACCGAGCUGAUCUUGUUGCUUACGGUCGAUUGUUUUUGGCCAAUCCGGAUUUGCCAAGGAGAUUUGAGCUUGGUGCCCCACUUAAUAAGUAUGACAGGAGUACUUUCUAUACAUCUGAUCCAGUCAUUGGUUACACUGAUUACCCAUUUCUUGAAGAUAAUGGCAAUGCUUAAGUUUCCCCAACAGCAGAACAGGGGCAUGUUUUUACUUGUUUAAUAAGUUUGGAUCUUCAUAUUAUGGCCCAUUAAAAUGUGAAAGCCCAAAUCUAAAUUAUACUUAAACCCAUUUUAUUCAA